GUCAUAGGCCUUUAUACUAACAAUGGAUAAGGAUAUCCUUAUCCUGGAUAGGACUACAACCCUCGCAAAUUUCAAGCCCAGCCCAACUCAACAAUUGGGUUGUCGGGUCUAAUCUCGGAUUGACCCAGAAAAAUACAAGGGUUUAUACUCUCUCUCUCCCCCUCUCUCUCCCUCUCUCCCUCUCUCUCCGUGUUCUCGGGGUUGAUUGGUUAAGCUUCACAGAAGCCAUGCCUUCUUCCCUCAAUAAAUGCGAAGCUUUAGUUUCUGAGGAAGAAGUUAGCUCCAGCAGCAACAAAAAUGAUAGCAAGCGCUCCACUUUCUUCGAUGUUUAUGGCCCUCAAAGUAAAGCAGAGGUGGUUUUUAAGACGCCAGAAGCCAACUCAACUCUGAACUUGCAAGAGGUUCAAGAACUAGUGACAUGGGUGCUUGGUGAAGGAUUUAUGCCGUCAUGGGUUUUUAUUAAGAACAAACCGCUCAUUCCCAAAGUGGUUAUGCUUUAUGUCCCAGGCCUGGAUGCAGCUUUGUACUUAUCACAGCACCGACUACUUAAGAGUCUCAAAGAAUUUUGUGGCAAGCCAAGGCCAGUUUUAGCUCUCAGCUGUAUGUCAGAUGGAAUGCAGACGAUUGAUGCCCUCCUAACAUGCAAAGUGAAAAGAAAGAGGGAAGAAAAUAGUACAGCUACAGAGAAAUCUAACCUGGCAUCGCAACAAGAUGAUUCAUCCUCUGUGGACCUUAUGAAAGAGCUACCUUUCCCUAUUACAUUUUAUACUCUUACAACAAAACAACUUGAAGACAAUGGAUAUUGCUUCAAUCAGCCAGGUUUUCUUUCUACUCUUCCAGCCCCUUCAGGAUCAUCUCAUUAUGAAAUGUUGGCACUUGAUUGCGAGAUGUGUGUCACAAGUGAGGGUUUGGAGCUAACAAGAGCAACAUUGGUGACUAUCAAAGGAAAGGUUGUGCUAGAUAAAUUGGUUAAACCAACAAAUACUAUCGUAGACUAUAACACCAGGUUCAGUGGAAUCACAAGUGAGAUGUUAGAUGGCGUGACUACAAGUCUUAAAGAUAUUCAGGACGAAUUUCUAAAGCUGGUUUACAAAGAGACCAUCCUAGUGGGGCAUUCCUUGGAGAAUGACUUGUUAGCAUUAAAAAUCUCUCACAAUCUAGUGAUUGAUACAGCAGUGUUGUACAGGUACUCCCGUGGUGGAUCUUACAAAUCUAAACUUCGGGAUCUUGCCCGGAAAUUUCUUUCUAAAGAGAUACAGCAGUCAGGGGAUGGCCAUGACAGUAUUGAAGAUGCAAGAGCUGCUAUGGAAUUGGCACUUCUAAAGAUUAGACAUGGACCCGACUUUGGCACAAGACCAUCACUGAUACGGAAAAGACUCCUAACUGUUUUGAGUGAGAGUGGAAAGACCUCCUCUAUCAUUGAUGAUGUUUCUAUUGUGAAGCGAUAUGCUUCUGAAUUAUCCCAUGCAGUUCCUGUGUCCUCUGAUGAUGAAGCUUCUUCCAAAGCUCAAAAGGAGGCAAGGAAUGAUAGAGUGCAUUUUGUCUGGACUCAGUUUUCUGAAUUGAAUGCUUAUUUCAAGAAACAAGCAGAGGAUCCGGAGAAGUUAAAUGGAAAACUUGCAGAGAUGAUAUCCUUGCUUACAUGUGAUAAGAAUUCGGGAAAUAAAAAAGGUAUUAAAUGCAACUUGGCAUCUGAACUGAAGGAAAUUCUAAAGCGAGUGGAUACUAGAAUACGUACCCUCUAUGCUGCAUUACCCACUAAUGCCAUGAUUAUUGUCUGCACUGGUCAUGGGGACCUAGCAACUGUCUAUAGAUUAAGGAAAUUGCUUUUGGAUCGUAGUGAAACCACAAUGUGCCGCGAGAGCAUUGUAAAGGUAUUGGAAGAGCUCCAAGCCCAAGCUGAGGUAGCAUUGUGUUUUGUUGGUGUGAAGAGUUGAGUAGAGAUAUCAAAGGGUUGUAGGAGUGACUUCCAGGGAGAAUUAGGUGAGGAGAUAUUAUGGACAAAAAUGAGCAUUCCGGUGGCCUUUUCUACUUAUGAUCAGUGUUCACAAGAGCGAGACGGUUCCAUAUCUUACAAGGUUCAAGCAGCUUCUUGUCCGAAUGAUUUUUUUAGGGGGCUUGGACAACUAAAAUCCCUAUGGAAUAUCAGAAGUCGGCAAAGGUAUGAAAGAAAAUCUGGAAUGAAAACAAGUUCUCUUAAAAGAGGGGCUGAGAAAGUGCUGGAAAAGUUGAAGAGGUAGUAUAUUCCCAUACUUACCAGAGGAAGUCCUAAUUGUAUUUUCUGAUCUUGUAAUUUAUGUAUAAUAUUAUUUUUCACAAUUUUGAUGAUGUUCAAUCAUAUUCAAAAUUAAUCGUCACCUUUUUCUUGGUGGCAGGGAGGAAUGUGAUAGAAAUUAUCAUUGUAGCGGCUGGUAUUUCGGAUAAAAUAUAAAAGUGAAAAUAUGAUUGAUAUUUUACUCUUCUUA